GGAGUGUGGGUGUGUUUUCUCUCUUUUUUUUUCCUUCGGCACCCAGGCGGAGCCCCGUACCGUCCCCGGAAGCGCUUGGCCCUAGCUGGGUGAGGGGCGGGGGCUCCGAGCGUAGGUCAGAGGUUGCAGGUCAGACACCGCUUCAGCGGGACUGCUCAAUCGCUAUGUAGCUCGCCGCCUGGAAGGGUGGCUGCGCCUUCUGGAAACUUCCGUCCAGAAAGCGUCGCGGGCUGGGCGGCCCCUGCAGCUGCCGCCGCCGUCUGCGCCAAGCUCCGGGGGCUUUUGUCGCUCCCGCUCCGCGGAGGAGCCACCGCUGCCGCCAUGUUCGGCUGCCUGGUGGCCGGGAGGCUGGUGCAAACAGUUGCACAGCAAGUGGCAGAGGAUAAAUUUGUAUUUGACUUACCUGAUUAUCAAAGUAUCAACCAUGUCGUGGUGUUUAUGCUGGGAACAGUCCCAUUUCCUGAUGGCAUGGGAGGAUCUGUCUACUUUUCAUAUCCUGAUUCAAGUGGAAUGCCAGUAUGGCAGCUCUUGGGGUUUGUCACGAAUGGGAAACCAAGUGCCAUCUUCAAAAUUUCAGGUCUUAAAUCUGGGGAAGGCAGCCAGCAUCCUUUUGGAGCCAUGAAUAUUACCCGUACUCCAACUGUUGCACAGAUUGGCAUUUCAGUGGAAUUACUGGAUAAUCUGGCCCAGCUGACUCCUGUGGGCAGUGCUGCUGUAUCAUCAGUUGAUUCAUUCACUCAGUUUACUCAGAAGAUGUUGGACAACUUCUACAAUUUUGCUUCAUCAUUUGCUGUGUCUCAGGCCCAGAUGACACCAAAUCCAUCUGAAGUUUUCAUUCCAGCAAAUGUGGUUCUGAAAUGGUAUGAAAACUUUCAAAGGCGACUAACCCAGAAUCCUCUUUUUUGGAAAACAUGAUUUAAAUAAAGUAAUUUUUAAAGGGUUC